AUGGAAGACGACGCCGACGUUUUUCACGAUCUCGUUGCUCGUGUUCCCGACGCUGCAAUCAACCGCGUGGCUGUAAAAAUACCACCGUUUUGGCCCGAGCACUCCGAAUUAUGGUUGUCUCAAAUCGAAGCCCAAUUUAUUUUGGCGGGAAUAACUUCUGACGACACAAAGUUCAACACAGUCCUGGCAUCAAUCGAAGCACCAGUUUUGGCUCGAAUUUCCGACGCAGUCGUCAACCAGCCAAGCGUAGGUAAAUACGAAAAUUUGAAAUCUUGCAUUCUGGAACGCUUCUGUGAAAGCGAACAGAAGAAAAUCCAGAAGUUAAUAUCGGAGAUUUACCUUGGUGAUAAGCGUCCUUCACACUUGCUUAAUGAGUUAAGCUCGCUCGCCGCAAAUAAAGUUAACGAAAGCUUCUUAAAAGCACUUUGGAUGCAGCGCUUACCAGCACAAGUGCAAACUAUCUUGCAGGUAUCGGACGCCAGCCUAUCAGACUUGGCUAAGUUGGCAGAUAAAGUAGAAGAUGUGGGCGACUUUCACAAUGUACGCACGGUUGACUACAGUUCUAAGUCUUUGCCACCCCGCAACACUGAUGUUGACGAUCGUUUAGAACGCAUCGAGCAACAGAUAAGCGCCCUACUGAAAAACAGUUCUAGCAAGAACAAUCGGUCCACAUCAACAAGGCGCAGCAGCAGCGCCACAACCCAAGACGCAGGUCAAACCUCAAGCAUGUGUUGGUACCACAGCAAAUUCGGUAGCGACGCCCAGAAAUGCCGCCAACCAUACUCUUUUUCCUCACAAACAAAAAACUAA